CAACUCCUCGCCAGCAUCUGCUCGCGCCGUGAGGGAAAUUAUUUCGGUGUCGCUCGAUCCUGCACGUUUGCCUGGACCGCACCUCUCGUGCCCUUCCGCCACCGUGGCGCCGAAUUAAUUGCGCGUGCCAUCCACUCGCCCACUUCCGCCUCUCUCCCAACACGACCCAACGCGACCGCAAGCCCUCCAACAUCACGGCUACAGCCACGGAAGCGUUUCAAACACCCACGGAGAAUACAACACGUUUACGGCAUACACAAUACUCUCGAGCAAUUCAUUUUUCGGCCAUCACAACGCGCUACGGACGCCCGCACGACGCGCUCUAGGGCACGAAGCCCUCAUGCAGACACCCCUGGGGUGCUUUCACUCGUGAAACCCCGUCAUCUAUAUGGUCUAGUGGAUAUAGAUCGUGAACCUGGCUUAUUUUGUCUCUAAGAUAGCCUCGGCCAUGUCCCUCGCGAUGGCGGAGCCUGGUAGGCUCAUGGGCCAGAGCGCAGGCAAUAUGGACCCAGAGGACAUUGACGCCGAUGGAGAGUACGAAGAGGAUGAUACCUACUAUGAUCAGAAUGUUACGGCAGCAGAUACACAAGAAGACGGCGCCCGUGACACGGAUGCGGAAGGCUCCGAUGUAGACGCCGAGGGUGAAGAGGUGGAUGAAGAGGACGACAGCGAGCCUGUGGGUGCGGUCAAGAUCGCUGCGCCUGAUGAUGCAGUGUACGAGGAGGAAGAGGACGAGCCGUACGGAAAUGCACGCGGAGACUCGUCUUCGGAUGCCAAGAUUAGUGACAGCGAGCAUGACACGUCCGAAUCCGAUGCCGACAACCAGUGGGAAGUGCAAAGCGGAGAUGGCGAAGAGCCAGAGACCGAAAAGUUUGAGCCCAGUGUUUGCGUGUAUUGCAACGGCGACGAAGAUAACGACCCGAAUGAGGAAUUCGAGGAGGUGUUGUCGUGUAAAGCAUGCGGGGACAUGGCACAUCGGCAAUGCGCGCGAGACGCUAAUACUCUUAGUCUCGAUGAUGAUGCCCCUAAUUGGCGAUGCACGGUUUGUAUGCAGAACGACCUACAUGGGAAUGAAGGCAGCCCAGAAUCAGAAUCCCGCCGUAGAGAAUCACUCUCAUCGGUGCCCAAGUUGACGAGGGAUCUCUUGCCCUCGCACCGAGGCAAAGACCCGGGCGGUCAUUCUAUUUUCACGGAACUUAUUCUCCCUGAUGAUUCAAUAGAUGGCUCUCGUUCGCUCAGAAAACGAAAAGCUUCACUUGAAGAGGAAGUACAUCCCGUUGGAAAACAGCCAAGAAAACGACGUAGGUCUUCCGAAUUAUCCAGACCGGAAACAGCUGCCUCGAUAGCCCGAUCAACAUCCCACGCCCAAGAGAGGAGUGCAGUCACGGAUGGAGAGGAUAGCGAUGGUGCACAUAACAGUGCGUCGGAGAACGGGUCUUCACGGCUACGCUCAUCGCGUCCCCGUCGCACAAAACAACAGCAAAAGAAAGAUAAGCGACCUAUGGUGUCAAUAGAGGAGGGCGAGGGACUUAGUCUCAUCGCCGUUUUUCAUCUGAACAACGAAAAGGUUCAGAGGAUAGUCACUUCUAAACCCAAGAAAAAGAUACUUACCCUCGAUGAGGAACGUCGCGAGCGACGUCGUGAAAAAGAUAGGGAGCGGCGCGAGCGCAAUAGAGGUGCAGCCCAAGCUGCGCGAGAAGUGGCAGAGGAGUCCCAUUAUCCCGCUGUCACUAUAAACUACACUGCGCCAUUUCAUGGAUUUGCUGACAAGGAAAUGGACGAAAGCAAAAGCAAGCCUUAUGGCGGCAUUUUGUCGGAAGCCGAUGCCGACACUUCAAAGACUUAUCCCACCCAAGCUGAUAGAAAACGAUUUGAAGACGCCCGCCAACGAGCAGAGCAGGACUGGAAACAAAAACAAGCUGCACUCUAUGCCCACGAGGAACCUGUACGUCGCACAAAAGAGACUGGACCGCCGAGCAAGAUCAAAUGUAUCAACUUCGGUGGGUGGGAAAUCGAUACAUGGCAUGCAGCGCCAUAUCCUGAGGAGUACAGCAAAAACAAGGUGCUUUACAUUUGCGAGUUCUGUCUCAAGUACAUGAACUCGGACUAUGUAGCAUGGCGGCACAAGCUUAAAUGUCCUGCGAAACACCCACCUGGCGACGAAAUCUAUCGCGACGGCAAAUACUCAUUCUUUGAGGUUGAUGGUCGCAAAAACCCCGUCUACUGUCAAAAUCUUUGUCUUCUGGCGAAACUCUUCUUGGGCUCCAAGACACUCUACUACGAUGUGGAACCUUUCCUAUUCUACGUAAUGACAGAAAACGAUAAUUUCGGAUGUCAUUUUGUUGGAUACUUCUCCAAAGAAAAGCGGCCAAGCUCUCUCAACAAUGUGUCUUGUAUUUUGGUUCUUCCAAUCCACAUGCGCAAAGGCUAUGGUCAGUAUCUGAUCGAAUUCUCCUACCUACUUACCAGGGUAGAGCAGAAGACAGGAAGUCCAGAAAAACCUCUCAGCGACAUGGGUUUGGUAAGUUACAGAAAAUACUGGCGUCUCAUUAUAUGCGAAGAGCUUCUCAGUCAAAAAUCUCCUAUCAGUAUUGCAGCCAUUUCCGAGCGGACCGGGAUGACGCCCGACGACAUCGUCUCUGCGCUCGAGGGUCUACGCGCACUGGUGCGAGAUCCGGUCACAAGCAAGUACGCCCUCCGCUUAGACUACUCGUACUUCAAACAGUACCUCGAGAAGGCCAACAAUAGCGACAACCCGAAGAUAAAACCGCAAUGUCUUGUCUGGACUCCGUACGUUAUGGGUCGUCUCGGGCAAUACGAAGAUGGGCCAGCCCUCCACACUGUCCAGCAGCGCGGCGAAGACACCGAAGAGAAGCCAGAGCCUGAAGAGGGCGUACAGAUCGAACUCGCGGCAAAAGCGAAUGGCACAUCCCAUAAUGGUUCCCUCACAGGCGGUGAUAAUGAUGAAGACGGCCUGGGUAAUGCCGUCACUUCCGCCCUCCCCGCCGAAGAAUCUACCUACGGCGGCGGUUCACCUGCCCCAGGAACCCCCCUCGCGAAUGGCUCUGUAGUCGCCGUCGCCGGUUCUCAUAUCACGACAGCAACCCCCUCAAUUCCUGCCACUCGCUACGAAGUCUUCCCACCCAUCCCGGGCCAACCGCCUCCCAAGCGCCGCCCUGGUCGUCCCUUUGGCUCACGCCGCCGCACUACCAGCACGCCACAUCAACGCAAUCGGUCGCAAAAUCUUUCAAUUGCCACGGCGCCUGUGUCGCGAAUCCGCUUCUCACCGAAUGGAGGGCAGCAGCGAUCGCCCACGUCCAACGGUGGUGCCGUCACUCCCGGCACUAUCAGCCUACGUCGCACGCGGAGUCACCUCAACAAGAGUAUCACCAAUGCUGAUACAGACGAUGUCGAUGAGGGCGGCGAAGUCAAAGCUCUCUCUGCCGGCGGUAGACGAGCGACUCGCAGUACUUCAACUGGGAGCCCGCAUAGACCUCGCGGCAACAAACUCCGCGGCCGUGUCAUCGAGGACGACGAAGAUGAGGAUGAUGAGGAUGCCAACGGAGACAUGGACGACCAUGCUGCAGGGGGUAUAACCGGCGAAGACGAAGCUGAUGCUGCGGACGAGGGACACACGGACGAUGCUGAAGGAGAGGAAGUUGAUGACGAAAUCCCAGGGGUCAUUGUAAAUGGUGCUAGUGGUGCAAUCGCGCUGGGCAACGAUGACGGUAUGGAUAUUGAUGCUGAGGGCGAAGACGACGAUGAUAUCCUUAUGGUGGGAACUUAGACUGUGGGUUUGCUUGCGUUCAGCAUGUGUUGGCCGAACCAGUGUCUCAACGGAGUAGAACUCCAUGUGUGCUUUCUCUACUUCCCCUACUUUGUUUUUCCUUCUUCUUCACACUUGUCGGUUCUAUAGGUUGUGUGUGGGCAUAUGUUAGGCAAACCUCCCCCUUUUGCGGUAUCAUCAUUCAUCGGGUUUUAGUCUUGUGUAGUUUAUUAGCCUUUGCUUUCUUCUUGGGGGCUUUCUUCUCCCCUCCUUCCCUGCAAGGGCUUCAGUUGUCAACAUUGAAGAGGUUUUGCUUCUCAUCUUGCAUUAGGAUAACUUCU